CCGCAGCUAUCGGGUGGCAACGCUGCACUUUUUAUUCAACCAGGUGGCAAGUGAUUAGCCCACGGAUUUCUUGAAAUUUUCUAUUUUUUUGUGUUUUUUCGACGGUUUUGUAUACUUUUUAAGAUGAGCACUGCGGAGCCAACGGUGGAUUUGUUUGCGCCAGAAACCAUUUUGAAAGCGGACGAGGAGGUGGCCGAGGCUUCGGUGGCCAGCAGGAGCGCCCUGUCCGCCGCCGAGGAGGACCUGGAGGCCCUGGAGGCCAAGAAGAAGCCCGACACGCCAGAGGACGAGCUGAUCUCCUUGGAGACACUGCGUGCCUCCCCCGUCCAGUGGCCGGAGCGAUUUCCCGGGAUGGACGAGUUCCUCACCAUGAGCGACACGCCCAUCUAUACGCGCAACUCGGACUACGCCAACAACCUGACCAGCGAGGACAUGGCCAAGAUCAACCAACUAUCCCUACUGAGUCCCGAAGAGCUAAUCGACAAAAUAAAGUCCAUGCAUGAUGAGAUCUAUCAACUAGGGCUGCGCGAGGCCAAGGAGAUGACCCGCGGCAAGCUGCUGGGCAUCUUCGACCGAGAUCGCCUGCCCAAGCGGCAGCCAUGAGCCAGGAUCGAUGGAUCCCAGUGAAUGGGACUCCCGAAGAUCUCGCCGAUGCCUAAUUAAGAACCUAGCCGUAGUUUAAAUUGUACAUAGUGCUAUUUUUGUAGUAAGUAAUGCAUGUUGAGAGUGUAUCGUAAUUUUACAAAGAUAAAAACCCGAUUGAACAGUAA